UUCUAACCCCAUUUUGCAGGAGUAAGGAUUGUUGAAAUGUCUUAUGAAAUAAUCGUCCUUUUUGAUGGGUAUUCGAAAAAUGUUGAGGAAGGGAUGUUGGCCAAUUGCACAUGCACAUUAAUCAAAGGACCUAAAAACAUAAUUGUCGAUACGAUGACCGCAUGGGACGGUGACUUCCUGCGAGAUGCAUUGCAUGCACAGAACUUGCAAUGCUCCGAUAUUGAUUACGUGAUAUGCAGCCAUGGCCAUUCAGAUCACAUCGGCUGCAAUUAUCUUUUCCAAAAUGCCACUCACAUAGUUGGCCACAGCAUUUCCCAUAAAGUUACUUAUUACGAUCACGAUUUCAGCUCGACGGAAUAUCAGAUAGAUGAAAAUAUUAAAGUAAUUGCAACGCCAGGUCACACACUGCAAGAUGUGAGCGUGAUUGUCCAAAAAGGAAAUGCAAUUUAUGCAAUAACGGGAGAUUUGUUCGAGAAAGAGGAGGAUUUAGAAGACGACACUAUAUGGAGGAUGGCCGGAAGCGAUGACGAGAAGCUGCAAGAAUUCAAUAGGAAGAAAAUAUUGGGGAUUGCCGAUUACGUUAUACCGGGUCACGGACCUAUGUUUAAAAACAAAUUGAAGUGUACUUAGAUUACUGUUAAAACACUAUAUGUCAUCA